CCUGACCCGCAGCUUUCCGUUCACAGCUGUAAUCUGUUUCUCCCACUUCCGAGCCCACGGGGGGAAAACAAUUUAAAUUUAUAAUAAAUUUACCUGUCCGUGGUGGGUCCGUUAGCGUGAGGACGAAGAGAAGAGAGAAGAGGACGAAACUGCUGCUGUCAAGCUUCGGCAACAUUUAUCCUCCAUUCAUAGUAACUCCUCUAUUCAGAAAUGUUUUAAAAAAUAUAUACCGAAGAUCUGCACUGCCGCCGCCCUCUCCGGGUUUAUAACGGUAAACACUUAACACAGUUUACGCUCAUUUUUAUGCACUCAAAGCGGCAGCUAACGAAGAAAAAUAGCAUAUAUGAAGCAUAGUCGCUCCAGAUUGUGGUUAAUCUGUCCCUGCAGCUAACGUUAGCUCGCUGGCUCAGCCGUUAACGUCGUCUGUCCUCCAGCGCUGCUGCUCGGUGUGAAGCGGCGCUGGUCCAAGAUGGCUGCGGCCUCCCAUCAUAACAAUCCCAAACAUGGAACAGGCUAUCAACUGGAGGAGCUGCCGGGGCGGAGUCUAGCAGAUUACACCCAGGGUGACACACGAGAACCAAUGUUGUUGUAGGAGAGCCAUUGUUGUGACCGUCACAGGGACGAGAGUCCCGGACAGUGAUCUCCUCACACUGGCGCUGCCCUCCAUUGUGGACGCUAUCAGCCUCCUUGGCUAACGACGAUCCUUCUGCGACAAACACCGACUGAAUCGAAACGGAAGGCGGCUUUUGUACGUAUGAGAACAGCUCCUCCAGUGCGUCCAGCUGCUCCUCUGUGAAAAUAGUGCGGUGACGUCUGGUUCGCCUCUGCGCCUGACCGGGCGCUUGCUCAUCUCUGUGAGCAUCGCCUAACCUGCAUGGGUCUCUGAGGAGUGUAAAAGAAAAUGGAAGAACAUGAGAGACCGUUACUUGAAGGAAGUACGAAUGGAGAUCAAAAGCAAGAAGCAAGGAGAGAUUGUGCAAAGUAGAUGGAAAUACAGACAACUUAUGAAUUUUAUUGCACCCUUCACCGGAUCAAGAAGCGGAGUGGCAGACAUCUGCGGCAACAACGGCGAUGACCACGACAAUCCUGACAACGAAUCUGGGAGUGCGGAGGGAGAAACCACAUCGUCGGAGGCAGUCAAGACCCCGCAGCCCAUCGUGAAGGUCCCGGUGAGUCAACCUGAACUCAAACCCCAGGUAGCGUUUGUGACUCAGCUCCCUUCAGUGUCUCAAGACGCACAGAUGGCCCAGCUGGCUGUUCUGGCUAAGAUGCCACCAGGCCCACAGAUGACCCCAGUCAGCAAAACUGGACGGAAACGGCGCCUGAUGCAAGAGUCACACUCACUGCCUUCUUCUCAAAGUACACCAUCCCCUACAAAAUGGCUGGUCAAAGACAAUGGCACCUCAUUUCCCAAUAGGCCACGGGAUGAGGACGAACUAUUUCUGCUGAGCUUUGUCCCCGCUCUGAAGCGGCUUGCCCCGCAGAAAAGGUGCGAGACAAAAAUAAAGAUCCAGCAGAUUAUGUAUGAAGCGGAGUUCAACGUUGCACAGGCAGAAUCUAAAGAGAAACAGCCAGAGCCAGAAACGCAGGACUAGGCCAAACUGACUUUUUUUGUACUUGUUUUCUAAAAAUCUCUUCCACAAAAUGACUAAAAUAUCUAUUUUUCUUUGUUUUUUUUACAGCACAAAGUGGUUUGAGUUUGACGUCCCUUUUUCAUGUAAAAUAAUUAACAAUGAAGAAUAACUAAACUUCCUCAGUAUUGAGCAAGUUGUUGAUUUUUUUUCCACACUGCUUUGGUUUAGUGUGUCGUAAUUUGUGUAUUUAUUAGACGAGUAAGGCUAAGAAUGAACCCCUAACAGGUUCACACCGUUAUAGGACUACAGAGAGACUGAUUAACAUCUUUAUUUACACAGCUUUACUGUCAGUAGAGGAAAUUCACAUUUUAAAAAAGUAGUUUUAUGUUCAACCGAUCAAUCAUUUUUAAAUCUGUAAUUACAAUAUUUUACAUUUAAUUACAGUGACAUACAGAAAACCGAGAGGAAAAGGAGACCGAUGGAGAGGAACACUGUUUUCAUAAAUUAAUCUAUCAAUUGCUCACAACACAUUUUUUUAAAUGUCAUCUAAAAUAAAGAGACAAUGUUUGACGUCUGAUGUUGAAAA